CCUCUCUUUGUUAAUUGCCCCUCUCAUACAAGACUAUUGAUGAUUGUGAAGGAUUUGUAUAUUGUCACUUGUAUUAAUGUGUUUACUCUAAAUUCUUAAUCUCAAAUGUGAAAACUGGUGAGUAGACGUGAAUUUGCAGUGUAGCAGUUUGAAGUAUGUAAAGUCCUCACCUCAUAGAAGACCUGAAUAUUUGUAAACGUAGCUACAUGUCCUUACUUGUACUAAUAUAUCUUGAUUCUAGAAGUCCAUCUUGAUAAAAGUACUCGCUAUGAAAGGUAAAAUAUUACAGUACAUACUUUAAUAUUUGCAAGAGUUUGAAGUGUGUAAAGUCCUCACCUCAUAGAAGACUUAAAUAUUUGUGUAAACGUAGCUACAUGUCCUUACUUGUGCUAGUAUAUUUGAUCUUAGAAGUCCACCUUGAUAAAAGUACUCUUGAAAGGUCAAAUUUUACAGUACUUUAAUAUUUGCAAGAGUAGCUUUGUAUAUAUCCAAACAUUUUUUAAGUGAAAGACCACAGUGAUAAAGCAAGAGGUGAUAUGUGUGAUAUGAAAGAUUUGAGUUGACAUAGUAGGUCAGUAGAGCGUGAUGCAAUGCCACACGUGCUUCACUGGCUCAGGAUAACAGAGGAGGAGGAGUCUGAGGAGAUUAUGACACUUGCAAGGCUUCCUGUGUUGGGAGAUAGACAGAUGUUGCCAUUUAGGAGGAAUAGUUAGGCUUGUGUUGAGGUGCUGAGUGGAUGUGCUAGUUAUGCUUCUGUCAGUGGUUCUCAACUGUCUAAUACCUAUGUACACUCAUGACCAAGAGUUUAGUUACCUGCUCUCACUUAUAUGGUCUUAGUUUUUUUUCCUUUGUCUAGUCCUUAUAUAACUUGGUACAUGAUUAGAGGACUUGAUACUGAGGAAAAAUAGUGAAUGUGGUGGAGGUGAGCGGUGUGUUGCUCUGCUGCACCAGUAAAAGGUUUUCCUCAACUGAUGUGACCUUGAAUCCUGAGUAAUAGGACACGUCGAGCACAGACGUGGACACUGAUGUCCUGGUGAAUAUCACGUCUGGCAAGCUUCGGAUUCUGUUUGAAAUGCCCUUCAGCCAGAAAACUAACGGCUUUGUCUCGGAUAUCCUGAGAGCCGCGGAAGUGAUAGGCAAGCGGCGCGGACCUCCCCCUGAGUUCACGUGGCUACAGCCAUACCAGAAGAGCUGCAGCAACGGCCCCCAGCAGGAGAAGGACACCUGCAGCACGGCCUCCACGGUGCUGGCGGGUGAUGUGGACAGCCUGGCUCCCGAUUCCCACAGCCUGGGUGAUGUUAGUGUGGAUGUAGCCCAGACCCCACCCUCACCUUCCCCUCACCCUGCUGUCAGUAAUGCAGAGACCAGUAGUCUGCAUAAUGAGGAUGAGAAGAGCCCUGAGCUGGGAGUCAACCGGCACAGCAUCGCCACAGGACUGUCCCCAACACCCAUCGCUGCCCGGGAGAGCCACAUCAAGCACCACAUGAUCCUGAGGGAGGACAGCUACACGGACAUCAAUGACUUUUCGGUGUUUGUGGGGACCUGGAAUGUGAAUGGCAGGUCGCCAGUAGUGGGGUUGGCGCAGUGGCUCUCAGUGGACGAGGAACCGCCAGACGUGUAUGGCAUUGGCUUCCAGGAGCUUGACCUGAACACGGAGGCCUUUCUCUUCAACAACACACCCAAGGAGAUGGAGUGGCUAAAUGCUGUGCUGAAUGGGAUCCACCCCAAGGCCAAGUACCAGAAGGUGCGGCUGGUGCGUCUGGUGGGCAUGAUGCUGCUGGUGCUGGUGCAGGAGAAGCACCUGGCAUAUGUCCGGAAUGUUGCUGUGGACACUGUGGGCACCGGCAUCAUGAACAAGAUGGGCAACAAGGGGGCAGUGUCAGUGAGGCUGGACCUGCACAGCACCUCCAUCUGCUUCGUCAACGCCCAUCUGGCAGCACACCAGGAGGAGCUGGAGCGACGCAAUGAAGACCACGACUGCAUAUUCCAGCGAACUUGCUUCCAGAUGAACAUGAAUGUCAACAGUCCACCCAAGGCCAUCCGGGACCAUGAUCACAUUUACUUCCUGGGAGACAUGAACUACAGGAUAAACCCUUGUGACAUGAAUAUCCGAGAGGUGGCCAGCAGUGCAGACUUCAAGACUCUCCUGGAGUAUGACCAGCUCACUCAGCAGAAGAAGCAGAAACGAAUCUUCCACAAAUUCAAGGAGGGAGACAUCACCUUCAAGCCCACCUUCAAGUAUGAUGUGGACAGCGACGAGUGGGAUUCAAGUGAGAAAGCACGGCAGCCGGCGUGGUGUGACAGAAUUCUGUGGUUUGGGGAGGGCAUCACGCAGCACGUGUACCGGUCCCACCAGGAGCUGCAGAUCAGUGACCACAAGCCUGUCAGUGCCUUGUUCACGGCUGGGGUUAAGGUAAUUGACACCAGGAGAUAUCGCCGUAUCUAUGAGGAUGUGAUGAAGAAACUAGACAAGCUUGAGAAUGAGUUCCUGCCGCAGGUCACCAUCGACACCACUGAAAUCAUAUUUGGUUCUGUCAAGUUCCUUCAGCCACAAACCAAGUACCUGACCAUCGCUAAUACUGGGCAGGUGCCUGUUGAAUUUGAGUUCAUCAAGAAGCUUAAUGACCAGAGUUACUGCAAACCAUGGCUCACAGUGAGGCCGUACAUGGGCUUCAUUGUGCCAGGUGACAAGUGUGAUGUGUCCCUUGAGGUGCUGGUGGACAAGCAGACGGCCUCGCUGCUCAACUCUGGUGCUGACAAGCUGUAUGACAUCCUGGUGCUGCAUCUGGAUGGUGGCAAGGACCUGUUCAUUACUGUCACAGGAACAUAUGAGAGGAGCUGCUUUGGGUCGUCCAUCAAUGCUCUGGUGCACAUGAACAAGCCCUUCAAGGAGGUGCCGGUGGCCAGACUCAUUGACCUGGAGAGCACCUACCCCAAGGAGCUGAGUGAGAUGCCUUAUGCCGUCCCCAAGGAGUUGUGGUACCUCGUGAACCACCUCCAUUCCCAUGCUCUCGAAGUAAAGGGAAUCUUCAACUACCGUGGCCUUCAGAAGGAAAUCAUUGAAAUCAGAACCAGCCUGGAUGAAGGAGUGCUGAAUGAUGUGCUGCCAGGAAGUGUGCACUCGGUGGCGGAGGCAUUGCUUCUCUUCCUGGAGGCUUUACCAGAACCUGUCAUCCCUUACAGCCUGUACCAAGCAGCUCUGGAAGCCACUCCUAACUUCUCUCUGUGCAAGGAGAUUGUGUCCAAGCUGCCAGACCACCACCGCACAGUGUUCACCUACCUGAUGGCCUUCCUCAAGGAGCUCCUCAACCACUCGGCACAGAAUGAGCUGGACGCCAAGACACUCGCACUUGUGUUUGGAAGUAUCUUGCUGAGGAAGCCGCCCAAUCAGCCCAUUGAUAGACGCAUCUCCAGUGAAGCCAUUGAUAGAAAGAAGCAGAUUUUUAUCCACCACUUCCUUGUUAAUGACUAUGAGUAGUCCCUGCCACACCCACACUCACCCACCAGCUUGUUAUUGUUGACACUGAUGUAUAUAUUUAUCAAGUGCAAUUGAUACCUGAUCCUAGUUAAAUGUUGAUAAAUUAUAGUGUGUUCUGUUGAAAUCUAGUCUCUUGAAUGUGUGCGAAUGAGUUUUAUCCAGAUGAUUGGUUAAUUUCUUAUUGCAUUUUUUAUGUUAACUAUUUUGCUGAGUAUUUGGAUUAAGAGGGAAGAAGAAACAGGCUUCUCACCACCAGCAAUGUUGUAUGAGUGAAAGAUGUGCUGAUUGUUAUCCAGAAGUGGCUUCCACCUCUCUGGUGUGCUCUGAAUCAAACACUUCCCCACCUGCCUCAGUGCUUAAGUGAUGGUGUCAGGCAGUGAUGCUGUGGCAGGGAACACAGAGCAGAGGGAGGAUCAGGAUGUGAAGACUUGGCAGCUAAUGAGCAAAGGGGAUAUUCAUAUUCAGGAAAAGAAACUAUUUAUGUCAAGAAAUCAAGAGAUUAUUAGAGCUUGGGGAUAUGUUGUCGAAUUCUAAAAGACAAGAAUGGGAUCCUAGAAUUCUGGGAAAUCUUUUCAGAAAAGAAAGACAUCAUAGUAAGGAGAUGCAGUGCUUUAGAAUUUUUGGGUACCAUACACUUUAUACAGAGUAAUUCUGAAAAUAAUAAGAAAAAAAAUAGAAAUAAAAAUCAGAGGCUUAUGAAAGUAAAAAGUUUUUGUGUAAUUUUUGACUUGGCUUUUGAUUCUGUUUGGGGACCGGCACCUCAGUGGGCCUUUUUGUAUAUUGCUAUUCAGUUGCUGUUGGCCGGUGCUUCUCUAACAUAAAAAAAAAGAGGGGAUGCUGUGAAAGAUUAUGAAAACUCAGGGGGAUGUUGAAUAUUGUGUGAUUUUAUUGAGGAAAAAUAAAGGAAAACAAAAUAGGGUAGAUGAAAUUAUGGGGUGACACUAGUAAGGGACUAGAAUAAUGAUCGAGUAGCAAAAAUCUUGUCUCUAUUAACGGGGCAAUAAUCAUGAAUCAGUCGUUACCGUCCUCAUCUUGUUUGGCAGUGCUCUUAUUAGUGUGCUUCUUGAGAGGGAGUUUUACAGGUUCUUUGUUUAACUUUUCAUAUUCUACGUCUUUUAUUCAUUCCAGUUCAGCUCAUUCCAUCUUAGUGUUAUGCAUGUUAUGUUAUUAGUCAACUUGUACUCGUGUAUAUUGAGGCUUUCAUUCCCUCUGUUGUCUUGCUGCUGUGUGAGUGGAAAGUGUCACCCGGUGUACACUCAAUGCUCUGCUCCUUCAUGGCAUAGUCUAACUUAAUUAUCCCUACGGAGAGAUAUUAUAACCAAUUCAGUGUGAAGUAACUCUUGUUGACAGUAUCAUUAUUUCUUUUCUGUUAUGAAGUGAUUUCUACAGUUUUAUUAAUUUAUUUGAGGAGUUAAGUGGUAAUGAAAGUAUUUCGUCGAGUUCUGUCUGUAUCUUAAUCUUUCAGUCGUAAACCUACCUCCUGUCUCAUCCCUCAUUGCUCGGACAAGAAAUUAUUUGAUUGUGCUGUCAUUUCUUUUCUAGUCUUUUAUUGUUAUGCAGUCUUGCACUAUGGAGAGUGUAGAGGCACUAGUGUUGACUAUUUAUACAUACCUGAUGUGUAUGUAGAGGCACGAGUGUUAACUAUUUAUACAUACCUGAUGUGUACAUACAUAUAGUACUAACCAUCAAGUCUGUUCAUAUAAACAAAGGUGUAGUGACAGACACGCAGCACAUGAAGAAGACAUGGACGAGUCAGUAUUCAGGGUAUUGUCUCUGUACAACUUUUUUGUAAAAAUUUUUUUAGGUAAAAUGCAAUUAUAAAUAUCACAGGUAAAGGAA